AUGCCAGGAAGUAUGGCUCCGCUCAAGAAGCCUCAGAAUACCGCAAGGUUGCCCUUGGCUUUAAAGCCCCUGAAGAACAAGAACGUGUUGGCAGUGCUGGCAGAGAGGACCCAGUCUGUAUUACCAGUUGGGGCAUGGGUGGAACCUGCCUCAGCAGAUAGUUCGGAAAUCCCAGCAUAUACUUCGGCAUGUAUUAUUGAAGAAGAACUAAAAGAACAGCUAAGAAAAAAGCAAGAAGCUUUGAAAUGUUUUCAGAGACAAGUCAAACUCCGAGUAAAUCAACAAAUGAGGCUGAGGAAAAUGCAGCAGCUUCAGAAGUCUUACGAAGCAGCAGAAAAAGAAGGCUUUAGAGCCAUGCAAUCUUCAGAUCCUGCAUACUUAGCUACUAAAAGGAGAAGUGUUUUCCCAUACAAUUUGAAUGCUGCACUUUCUAGGUUGCCCCCUCCCCAGAUGAUUGAGAAUGAAGUAGAAGAUGAAGAGAAUCAGAAUGAAUUACUCCAAAAACAAGCUGAGGCUCUUAGUCAAACUAGGAGACAGGCGCGUCACCGGCUGGCAUCCUUAAAAACUGUGAAGGAAGAAAAGGCAUCAGUGUUUCCAGAUGAUGGAAAGAAAAGUUUUCCCACCCAAGAGGAAUCUGACUAUGAGGAAUUUUCAUCUGUUAUGACAUAUGAGAAAGAGAGAGAAGAUUUGUUUGGGAAUAACCAGCAGGAUAUUCUUUCUGAAGACAAAGACAAGCCUUUCAGCAGAGUUCAGAAAGUAACAUUCAAAAAUCCAUUAUUUGUUGUGAUGGACAAGGAAGAGCAGAAGCAGUUACAUCUUCAGGGCUUUCAGGAUAUUCUGCCAGAAGCCCAGGAUUAUCUUCCAGAAGCCCAACAGGAUUUGCUGGAACCCAAGGGUAAUUUGACAGAAGUUCAGACUAUUGAGCUGGAAGUUCAGAGUUUUGAGCCAGAUACCCAGGCUGUUGAGCCAGAAUUCAAGAUUGUUAAGCCAGAAGCUCAAGCCAUUGGCCCAGAAGGCCAGUCUGUUAAGACAGAAACUCGGGAUGUUAUGCUGAAAGCCCAGCAUAUUGAGCUAGAAGAUGGGACUAUUGUGUUGGAAGCUCAGGAUUCUUUAUCUGCAAACCAGACUUUUCUACCUGAAGACCACCAUGUUCUGCUUAAAGACCAGAACAUUCUACCCAAAUGUCAGGAUCAAGAUUUUCUAUCUAAAGACCAAGAAUUUCUACCAGGAGACUUUUAUGUUCUCAAAGACCAGAAUAGUCUUCCCAAAUAUCAGAACCAGAAUUUUCUACCUACAGAUCAGAAUUUUCUCCCCAGAGACCAGAAGAUUCCACCCAACUACGAGGAUCAGGAUUUUCUAUCCAGAGACCAGUGUGUUCUAACCAAAGAGCAAAAUAUUUUACCUAAAUGUGAAGAACAGGAUUUUCUACCUAAAGACCAGUGUGCACUCCCUAAAGACCAGCAUGUUCUUUCGAAAGAUCAGAAUAUCCUUCCCACAGAUGAGGACCAGGAGUUUCUCCCUAAAGACCAGUAUGCUUUUCCUGAAGACCAGUAUGUUCUCCCUAAAGACCAGCAUGUUCUUUCCAAACAUGAGAAUAUUCUUCUCAAAGAUCAUGACCAGUAUUUUCUACAUAAUGACCAGUCUGUUUUCCGCCCAGACCAGUGUGUUUUCCCCAAAGAUCAGAAUAUUCUACCACAAUUUCAGGACCAGGAGUUUCUAACUAAAGAUCAGGAAAAAUAUUUCUGGCAGCCAGCAUCUACUUUGACAGCUGAAAAAUGGAAAAAGGAGUGGCCCGUAAGUCCCCAACAGUAUCUUUUACACAGGUGCCCAGGCCAGUCCUCCUCUAGCCAUCAGUCAGACCAAAAGGAAGAGGAAAGGCAGGAAAAAGCAAAUUUGAAGCAGCCAACUUCAAUUUUGACAGGGAGAGAGGCUCUUCCUCCAGAUGUCCAUCAGGAUCUUCUGUGCAGGCUUCAUCAGGUCUUCAUCAGGGACAAGAAAGUACGCUUUAAGGAGCCAUGCUCUGAUAUGACAGAUGAGAAAGGGAGAGAUGACUUUUCUCUGGUGGGUUACCAGUAUGUGCCUUCUAAACCCCAGGAUCAGGACUUCAUCAGAGAUCAGGAUAAAUAUAUUAAACAACCUUCAUCUUUUGAGAAGUGGGAGAUUUCAAGAGGAGCUGCUUGUCAAGUGCCAAUGGUUUAUGAUAAAUAUCAAUCAGGAUUAAGCACUGAAUUCCAAGUUCCACUGUUAUUUCACUCUGGAGUAGAUCGAGAAGAGGAAAAGAAAGAGCGUCAAAAGCAAUACCUAAGACAUAGACGGCUUUGUAUGGACAUUGAGAGAGAAACAGUUAAAGAACAACAAAGGCAGAAAGAACGAAGGAAGAAAGUUGAAAAAAUUAAGAAAAAGAGAGAGCAACAACGUUAUGCUGAAGAGCAGAGGAUCUUAAGAAUGAGCGUUCAUGAAGAAACAUGUACAAAGGAGAAAAUGAAUCAGAUGUUAGCCCAGUUACAACUUGAAGAAACAAAAGUAGCCAGAGAAAAACAACAGAGAGAAAAGGAAUACCUAAGAUAUGUAGAAGCUCUCCGAGCCCAGAUCCAGGAGAAAAUGCAAUUGUAUAAUAUUACUUUACCUCCACUGUGUUGUUGUGGUCCUGAUUUUUGGGAUGCUCAUCCUGAUACCUGUGCCAACAAUUGUACUUUCUAUAAAAACCCUAGAGCAUAUACUCGGGCACUACAUUCAGUCAUCAAUUCCUGUGAAACCUCUGAGGGGAACUCAGCUCUUCGAGUCGCCAUUCGUAAUUUUGCUUCUGCACACAAAUGGACUUUAAAAAAUCUGUAAUAAGAAUCUGAAAUCAACUGGUAGUAUUUGGGCCUUUAUUCAAAAUCAACCCUGAGAGUUUUUUUAAGAAAAGUUGUUGAUGUGUAUAGGAUGUGUAAUCUGGAAGGAAAUACUGUCCCAUAUGACAGCUGUCUUCAUAAUUAGAUUAUAAACCAUUACUUCAAUCCCUGUCUUAGAACCAAGAUUGACAGUUGACUUCCAAACCCAUCAUACUGUUUUGUGAACCAUAUGGAGCUUAUUAUUUUAAAAAGUGAUUAGUCAGACAACUAAGAUUUAUCUUACUUUGCUCAGCUCUCAUCAGAAGAGGUCAUGAGAAAUCUUUGAGAUUAUUUCA